AUGCUGGCUUCAGCUCUUCUCUUGUCGAGGGCCUACACACCAGCGCAGGUGGUCGGAGUAGCGGGGGGCUCUGUUGUCUUCAAAGCGAGCCCCCCUCCCAAUUUUCACAUCCGGGAGAUCAUCUGGCGUUCCUUGACACCUUCCGAAGAGUUGGUGGCCACCUCGUUCAAGGGAACCCCAGAGAUCCAGUAUCGGUCCCGUUUCUACGGGAGGACUCAACUCCACGACAACUUCACCUUACAGAUCAACCCGGUGGACUUAGAAGAUGCUGGGGUCUUCUCCGUCCUCCUGGUGGACACCACAGGACAGAUGAAACGACAGGUUUUCGAGCUGAAGGUUUUUGAUACGAUUUCUACCCCAGUUAUCCGGGUGUUUCCUGAAGCAAAGGAUGCGAAUGCCUCCUCGGAAACCUGCAUACUUUUUCUGAGUUGCCGUGCGGCCAGCAGGACUAACGUCACUUAUGAGUGGGAAGGGCUGGGGGAGAAGACCAACCCCGGGCCGAAACAUUGGCGCACGGAGGAGGGCCAGGUGCUACGGGUCCAACUGGAUCCCAAGGAAGCUCUCCAGGUGAGCUACACCUGCACGGCCUCCAAUCCUGUAAUCCACAAAUCAGCGGUGGUUGAGCUCCAGGAUUCCUGUCUACGACGUUCAGAAGGUGAGAAGAAGACCACAUACAAUUUCAGGGAAUUCCUCUUGAUCGUCAUCCCAGUGGUCUCGUUCUUCUUCUUGUUGGCUGUCCUUUCGUGCGUGUGCUACAAACAGCAUUCGGGGAAGAAAAUGUUCUACAUGGUUCCUGGAAGCGAGUCGAUCCAGCUUUAAUGGAUGGGAAACGCGGAUCUUUCUCGGGUUGCUUCGGCUGAGAAGGUGGAAGGCACUUUAUGGAAGAUGUUGAGAAGAGGGGAAAAGUUGUGUUGGUGGAAAAGAACUUCCCUGCUACCCUCUUGUGACUUUUUAAAGAACGUUGGAGGUGAUGGUUUGCUUGGAAUUCGGCUGGAAGGACUUUUUGAAAGAUGACCGCCACUGUCCAGUUGUGAGUCUCAACGUCCAGAGCUCUCCACCCAGCAUUGCCAGUGUUGAGCAUUCUGGGAGCU